UAGUUUCUAUAUAAUUACAAUUUAUUCAAAGAAUGAAUAUCGAUACAGUAACAAAACUGAUACAAUAAACGAAGAAUGUUUUUUAGUACAGUAUAGAAAGUAUCGUCGCUUUUCAUUGUUGUGUUCGCGUUAAGUACCGUAUUAUCAAAAGAACCCAAAAAGGGCAUCUCCGAGACUCAGGAUCGUAACAACACGAAGAUCAAAAAAGGCGCCCUUGUAAUUUGUUUGGUAGAUGGCGCUGAUGUCAUUACCGUUUACGCUCUCUACUGGUCGAACAUACGUACUAAUCAAAACUACUUUAUUCGUCUACUCUGAUGGAUAGUUUAUGAUAACGUGAAGUGAUUAAGUCCGGCGGAUUUAAGUCUUGUUACCGCGUAGUAAUAGAAUAAUCGUGAUUUGAAAAAUAUAAUUUGCGUGUUCAACAAUUGACGAAUAAGAAGAAUCACACCAAUAUGGUUCAACAAUACCAAUCACCUGUUCGAGUUUAUAAGCACCCAUUUGCCCUUGUCAUGAUGGCCUAUGAACGUAGGUUUCCUACAUGUCCUCAGAUACCAGUAUUUGUAGGAUGCGACAUUACAUUAGAUGAAGAAAGCGAAGAUGGUGCAAUUAGAACAACGGAAAGAAGAUGUAAAUUAAAUGUUGAAGCACCAUAUAUAUUGAAAAAAAUCAUUGGUGUAGAUUUUGUUUAUUUUAUUCAAAAGAAUGUAUUAAAUAGACGCAAGAGCGUUUUGGAAAUUGAGGCAUACAAUGAAAGCUUCUCUUCUAGGGUGACAGUUCUUGAAAAAUGUAGAUACUUUAUUCAUCCUGAAAAUUCAGAGUGGACUUGCUUUGAACAAACUGCAAGUUUAGAUAUAAAGAACUUCUUCGGAUUUGAGAAUUCAAUGGAAAAGUUGGCAAUGAAGCAAUAUGCUCAAAAUAUUUCAAAGGGAAAAGAAAUAAUUGAAUAUUUUAUCAAUCAAUUAAAAGAAGAAGGUAUAACCUAUGUAGCUCCUUGGAGGGAUCCAGAAGAAGAAACUUCAAAAGAAAAAGAGAAGUAUGUGGAUGAUGGUAGUGAAUUACAUAGUGACAAAGAAGUAUGUAAUGUCGAGAACAAGUUGUCUAGUAAUAGAGAGAUACAACUCUCAUCAGACUACAUAGAAAGAUAUUUAGGAAAACUAGACAUGAUGCAAGAGAGCAAACUAAUACAAUUACGACAUAGUAUAGAAGAAUUAAGAGGUAGUUCCGUACCAGCUGAUGCAACGCUACUGAGGUUCUUGAGGGCUACAGAAUUUUCAGUAGAAAAGGCUAAAGAUAUGUUGACACAGUCAUUACACUGGAGGAAAAAACAUCAAAUUGACAAACUGCUUGAAGAAUAUGAAACUCCUCAAGUCAUUAGAGAUUACUUUCCAGGUGGUUGGCAUCAUUUUGAUAAAGAUGGAAGACCACUGUAUAUUUUGAGAUUAGGUCAAGUUGAUGUGAAAGGUCUCCUUAAGUCAACUGGAGAAGAUGAAUUAUUAUUAUUAGCAUUGCAUAUUUGUGAAGAAGGACUUCUUUUAAUGGAUGAAGCUACUACUGUCUGGGGCCAUCCAGUUUCACAAUGGUCUUUGUUAAUUGAUUUGGAAGGUUUAAAUAUGCGCCAUCUUUGGAGACCUGGUAUAAAGGCACUUCUACGAAUUAUUGAAAUAGUAGAAGCGAAUUAUCCCGAAACGAUGGGACGUGUUCUUAUUAUACGAGCACCCAGAUGUUUUCCUAUAUUAUGGACCCUUAUCAGUACAUUCAUUCAUGAAAAUACAAGAAAAAAAUUCAUAUUCUAUUGUGGUACAGACUACCAAGAACAAGGAGCAGGUGGUCUUAGCGAUUAUAUAGAUCCAGAAUAUAUUCCUGACUUUUUAGGUGGUUCAUCUGAGACCUAUAUAAUGGAAGGAGGAGUUGUGCCAAAAAAUUUAUAUAAAGUUGAUCUGGAGAAUACAGCUUGUGAACACGAGCACAGUUUGUAUCAUUCUAUCAGUUUGAGUCGCGGACAAAGUCAUCACGUUACGAUCCAAUGCGAUGAUCCAGGAGCGGUUCUUACAUGGGACUUUGACGUAAUGCGACACAAUGUAAUAUUUACUGUGUUACAUAAACCAAAAGAUCAUGACACUAAUCUUUCUACAGAAAUUUCGGAAUUUGUGCCAUGUAAUGAUCAUGAAAUAACUAUGUCAAAGGAAUCAAAAGAAGGCUUUGUAAAAGUGGAACCAAGUGUUCUGUGUCAUGAUGGAGAAAGCAUUCAGGGUACACAUAUAAUGCAGAUUGCAGGAACUUAUAUGUUGCAAUGGCAGAAUCAAGAAGAACAAGGAGAAUUUCUUUCAUCUAUAAGCUCUCAUAAGGCACAACUUAUGUAUUUUUAUGAAACUUUACCAUCAGUACAUUACAGGGGAUCUAUGUUGAGUUUACAAUCUGCAGUGAGUGGACGAUCAGUAGCAAGUUCUUCUUUAUCUAGAUGAGAAGCAAUCACUGCCAGAAGAUGCAAUAAUUGAUGCAAAAUGAAAAUCAGCUGAUACUGGUAACAUAAGUACUAUAUUUUUAUUGAUAUAGGAAAAAGGAAGUACAAGAAACUAUAAAUUAAUAAAAAGGUAAAAAAAUAAUAUGGUGUAAAGAAUAGUGGAAGCCUAAGUAGAUAUUAGUAGAAAAUUAUAAUUACAAUUAUACUAUAUUUACGAAAUAAUUUUACUUUUUAUUCGUUGACACUGAUAAUAGAUUAUUAGUAAUCAUUGUUAUUCCGAUUUACACGAAAGUUUAUUUUAUUAGGCAAAGAUAAUCUAGUAAAUGAUCUUGAUUUUAAUUAGUUUUUUAAUUUAAUUUAAUUUAUAAGAGAUGAUUUGUUAAUUUUGCCACAAAAAAUUAUUUUCUAAUCUGAAAAGAAUUCUAUAAAUUUGUACUGUCAAAGAUAUUAUUUUUUCCUAGAACUUUUAAUAAUUUUCAAUUGAAAUCUCUUCACACAGAGAUGUGAAUAAAACAUUUUUACUAAUUUCUUCUCAUUCUCUAUUUAAUAAUUUAUUUCUAUUACUUUUCCAUUUCUAUAUUAUAUGAAACAUUAUUUUAUGUAAAAUAAAGAUAAAUUCACAAAUAAUUUUGUAACAGAGUUUAGAUAUAUACAACUACACACUGUAUACGUAAAUCAAAGUACCUGCAAUGAUUUUAUUUUUUAAAGAAAUUUAGAAUCUUUUGCUAUAUACAUUCUUGUAGAACUUAGAUAAAAUUAUUUAUUAAAUUCAGUUAGUUUUAUACUAUUUCGUUAUAAUUUUAACAAAAUUUAAAUUAUAUACGAACAAGUACUACUGAAUAAUGUAAAAAGAGAAAUAUUUGACAAUACAUAUUUAUUUUGUUAUUACAUGUUGAUUAUACAUACAUGUCAAUUAUUCUAAAUUGUAGAUAUUUUUAUUCGUGAAUUUUCAAAGUCAAAGUAAAAUUAAAAAUAUAUAUAUAUAUAUCGGACAAGAUUAUGUUUUUUUUCAUAACGAUUUUACGAAAGUAUGACGAUUAAAAAUCAAUAGUUAUUAUUAGUUUAACUACGUAUACCAUUAUCGUAAUUAUCUAAUAAUAAAUUAAUGUAAACUUCAUUUUUUUUUAACAGUUCUCUUACAUGUGUCAAUGGAUCUUAAGUAUAAACUAUAGUUUUGUAAACUAUAUUACUUUAAAUAUUUGUUACUGUAGUAUAUAUCUUGCUUUCUUGAAAUAACAAACUAUAUUUUUUAUUAAAUAAAAAUUAUAAAGAUAUGAUGUUAAUUAUAUCGUGUUAAUGCAAUUUAAAUCAUACAGAAAACAUAUAUGUGUAUAUAUAUAUAUACACAUAUAUAUAAUAUUAACAUGUUAUAUACAUAUAUAUACUUCCAGUAAAUGCUUAUUAUUCAUGAAAGAUAUAGAUGCUUUAGAACAGUCUUUGUCGUUUAUAUAUUAACAACUAAUUUCUAGCUAUAAAUAUGCAGUCACUAUAGGAAUGAUAAUAAUUAUUAAAAUAGUUUUUACAAUAAUGAAUUUGCAAGAUAAAAUUCCAAUGGGAUUUCAUAAGUAUAAAUUAUAAUGUAGAUUAAAAUAAAAUUUUGUAAAAAAUCAAUAAUGUGCAUAUACACGAUAUAAGUAUAAAUUAAUACAUAAAAAUUAUAGCAAGGGAACUCAAUUGCAUUUUAGUAUAGAAUGGAAGUAGUUUUAUGAUCAGUCCAAUAGUAGAAAUAUACACAACCUUAUAAUAACUAAAUAAAAUAAACAUUCCUAUAAUAAUCACUAAUUUACAUUAGUAAAUUUUAGUAAAUAGUUAUGCAAAUAAAUCUAACAAAGUCCAUCCAUUUUAAUAUCAGCAAUUAAAAUUAAUGCGUUUUUAAAAAUAAGGUUAUAGUAUAUUUCUUAGUAACAUAGAUUUUAUUUGUUGAUAGUGUAUUAGAUUAUAUGCCAACAAUACAGGAAAUAUAUAUAUAAAUCAUGUAUAGUUUAAAUAAUAGACAAGUGAACAUUUGCAAAGAAGUACAAGUCAACAAGAAAGAUCUUUUAUGCUUUCUUUUUAUAUUUUAAUGUAUUUAUAAAUUAAAUAUCAAUUGAUUGAAAACAGCAAAUAUUGAAGUUGAACUUACAAGUAAUAAAAAAACUUGUACUUCGCAAUAUAAAAUAGAAGAUACUUUUAUAUAAAAUAAUAUAUAUUCUUUAUAAGAACAGUAAGUUAGAAUAUGUAACAGAUAAUAACUACAUUGCUGCUGUUUCUUAUGUAUAGUAAAAAUUACUUUUGAAUUUUGCUCUUCUAUAUAUAUUUAGUAAGAACAUGUUAUUCUAUAAACAAUGAAAAUACAUUUUGUAAAAUACCUUUUUAUCUGCAAAAUGACUACAUAUGUUUUUAUAUAUGUUCAAUGACUACAAUUUUAGUGAAUGCUGCAAUGUAGAAAAAAAUUAAAGGGAACUAAAAAAAAAAAAAAAGAAGCCAAAAAAUUGGAUCUAUUUUUACAAUCUAUUGUAAAAA